UAAUCUGGAUAUAAGGACCAUGUGUAGCGGUUUGAAACAUAUUGACACUACACAACAAGUCAAACAUAACCAUAUUACAACACGAUUACAUUAAAUAAAUCACAUGACAGUGUCUUUACGCAAAAAAAAGGUAGAUGAACGACUUAUGGCUGAAAGUUCAAGGAAAAGAGUUGUUUUAGCAAUGGAUGGUAGCAAAGAGUCUGAUAACGCGUUAGACUUUUAUAUGAAGAAUAUACACAAAGAUAGUGAUGAAGUUAUAUUGGUUCACUGCGUAGAACACGGACCUCAUUCCAUGGGAUCUAUCUGGAUGCCAUUAGAUCCACAUGUUAUAGCACGUGCAAUUCAAGAUGAAGAAAAGAAAGGGACAGAAAUUUGUACUAAACUGAAAACUUUGUUGCCUAUGUAUAAGUCAGGAGGAAGUAUCACUGUCACGACGGUAGUAGGCGGAGAACCUGGACCAACAAUAAUACAGAAGGCAGAGGAAUGUGGUGCAUCAGUGAUUGUUGUCGGAUCUCGUGGAUUGGGGACCGUAAGGAGGACUUUAGUUGGUAGUGUUAGUGACUAUAUCCUCCACCAUGCUAAUGUUCCAGUUCUUGUUUGUCAUUAGCUUAUAUUUUAUUUAUCGAUGUUCUAGUCUUUUUUCAUUAUG